AAAAAUUGACUGUACAUAUCAGUUGACGGAGCUAAAAGAUAGGAGUUUUGAACUUUGAACGAAGCCCCCAAAUUCAAUAAAAGUACUCAUCAGUGAAAAGCUUCAAAAUGGAAGACACAGUACCAAAAGUAGCGUAGAAUCUGAAAUGGGUCAUUGAUCUUGUUGAGGCUAUUGAGGAAUUAGGGCAUAUGGGGGCUCCAGUUUUGUAGUUUCAAUUUGCAUAGCUUAUUUUUCGGGUUCAACCCGUAAUCAAGUUAUCUCUUCUUUGUUGGGGAGAAAUGGAUAUGGGUGGGAAGGAUAAUUUUGAGCAAGUCAAAGGGAAUGAAGAUCAUCUUAUGAGCUACCAUUCAGCCAAUGCGGCCUCGGACUGGCGAUUUGGUGUGUCCAAUCUCUCAAUUCCCACUAGCAAUCCCAUGGAAGUUUAUAAAGGAGGUAUAAUGGAGUCUCCUUCCUGUUCCUCUGCCCCUAUUAUGGACGCAUUCCGCCCAACAGUUUGGGACCACCCCACAAAUGCCCAAAACUUGGGUUUCUGUGACAUUAAUUUGCAGAAUAGUGCUAGCACUUCAAACACGCUGGGACUUAGGAAAGGUCCUCUGGGUCCUUUGAGUAUUGAGAAAACAAUUGAUAUGGGUUGGACACCACCAAAUUCAAUUGUGAAAGGGGGUAUUUGUUUACCAUCUGCUCCUGGAAUGCUUCCUCAGAGCUUAUCUCAGUUUCCUGCAAAUUCUGGUUUCAUUGAGCGGGCAGCGAGGUUCUCGUGCUUCAGUGGGGGGAAUUUUAGUGAGAUGAUGAACCCUUCUGGUAUUUCUGAAUCUAUGAACCCUUAUACUAGUGGUGCAGCAACAAUGCAGCGACGACAACAAGAGAUGUUUGUAGGAAAUGGGUUGAAAUCUGUAUCUGGUGGGCAAUCCCAGAAAAAUGAGGUGAACAUGAUCGCUGAAGCUUCCAAAGCUGUUUCCUUUUCUGUUGAGCAAGGUGCUAUUGAAGGGAGCCCACUCAAGAAUGAGAGAAAGAGCGAGAACUUUGUGCGAUCUCAAGAUGAAGCUAAACAAGAUGUUGGUGUGUCUGGUAAGGAGUCUGAUGAUCAAGCCGAAGUUAGUGGUGGUGGUGGUGGUG